AUGGCAACUUACAAGGAGUCACCAUUUUAUAAUUUCAAAGUCUUAGACCGAAAUGGAAAGGAAUAUCCGCUGUCCUCUACAAAGGGCAAAGUUGUCCUUGUCGUGAACACCGCGUCGAAAUGCAGCUUUACUGUCCAGUACCAAGGCUUGGAGGAAAUCUACCGUCGGCUUCAGGAACAGUAUAAUGAGGACUUUGUCAUCUUGGGGUUUCCUUGUAAUCAAUUUCUACGACAGGAGCCUGGCUCCAACAACGACAUCCAGAGCUUCUGCCAGCUCAACUACGGGGUCACGUUUCCAGUACUGGACAAAGUGAACGUCAAUGGAGGCCAGGCAGCGCCCAUCUACCAAUGGCUGAAGCAGCAGAAGAAAGGAUCACUGGGAUGUCAGAGAGUUACAUGGAAUUUUACGAAGGUAUAG